UGUGCACUGAGAUACAGACGGACAUCUCCUUGUAGACAAUUACCAUAUCACAGCCAUGAGAGGGACCCCCAAGUAUAAACACGUCAUCGAAACUCCAGAUCCCGGGAAGUGGGAGUUGGCCGGCUAUGAGGAAUCUCUGCCAAUCAGUGAAAAAUCCAAUCCAAUUACUAGAGAAGUAGACAAAGCUGACCCCAAUACACUGGUCCAGCUCCUACGAGACUGCGAUGCUGAGAUCUUUCAGGAGGAAGAUGAAACCAUCAUCAACUAUCAGAGACUGUACAGUGAGUCCAUCCUGAAGACUGUGGCGGACAUCGCAAAGAAGGUGCAGCACGUCAUAGAGAACCCAGAUGAUGGCCUCAUAGUUCUCAGUGGGUGCGGCACAUCCGGGCGGUUAGCGGUACUCCUUACGAAUUCCUUUAACCGGCUGCUGCGAGGCCUCCACCAGAGACCAUGUUACUCCUACAUCAUAGCCGGAGGGGACAGAUCUAUUGUGACAGCGCAGGAUGCACCUGAGGAUGACGCUGCCCGGGGACAGGAGGAGCUGCAGAGGGUCUGUGAAGGAAAGAAGAAGGUCGUGUUUAUAGGGAUAUCCUGCAGUCUGUCUGCUCCAUUCAUUGCUGGUCAGCUGGAAUACUGCUUGAAGAACCUGGAUGUGUUCCUGCCAGUCCUUGUAGGGUUUAAUCCAGUCUCCAUGGCCAGAAAUGACAGGAUCGAGGGCUGGAGCUCCACAUUCCGACAGGUGGCUGAACAGAUGCAGAACCUCCAUGACACCCAACGAGCAUUCACCCUGACCCCUGCAGUGGGGCCUGAAGGUCUCUGCGGCUCCUCGCGCAUGAAGGGCGGAAGCGCCACCAAGAUCCUCCUGGAGACGCUGUUUCUGGUAGCCCACAAGGCCUGCUCCAAGGUGGAGGUGACAGAAAAGUGA